AUGAUGGACACACAAGGCAAUAAGGUACUAUUUCUUUUUUUUCUUUUUCUUUCUAUAAUUUGCCUUGUUGUUGCAGACACAGAUGAAGCAUGUUCUACAUUCACCCAACUGAGCUUUCCCAGUGCAGUGGUGGGUACCGGGCUUCGUGUGAAGCUGAUGCUCUACACACAGAGAAACAAAACCUGCGCUCAGACCAUCAGCUCCACGGCCCUGGGGCACUUGAAUGUGACCAAGAAAACCACCUUCAUUAUUCAUGGAUUCAGGCCAACGGGCUCCACUCCCGUUUGGAUGCAGGACUUAGUGGAAAGUCUGCUCCUUGUAGAAGACAUGAAUGUGAUCAUUGUUGACUGGAAUCGAGGUGCGACAACUCUGAAUUACAACCAGGCCUCUAAAAACACCAGACAAGUAGCAAGCAUCUUGAAGGAAUUUAUUAUUCAGAUGUUGGUAGAAGGAGCUUCUCUUGGUGACAUUUACAUGAUUGGAGUAAGUCUAGGAGCCCACAUAUCUGGGUUUGUUGGAGAAAUGUUUGACGGACAGCUGGGGAGGAUUACAGGUCUCGACCCUGCGGGCCCUUUAUUCAAUGGGAAGCCUCCACAAGACAGAUUAGAUCCCGGUGACGCGCAGUUUGUUGAUGUCAUCCAUUCCGACACUGACGCACUGGGCUAUAAGGAGCAACUAGGAAACAUUGACUUUUACCCAAAUGGAGGAUUGGACCAGCCUGGUUGCCCCAAAACAAUAUUUGGAGGAAUGAAGUAUUUCAAAUGUGAUCACCAGCGGUCUGUGUACCUGUACCUUUCUUCCCUGAGAGAGAACUGUGCCAUCACCGCGUACCCUUGUGACUCCUACCGCAAUUACAGGAAUGGCAAGUGUGUUAGCUGCGGCCUGCCCCAGAAGGAACCCUGUCCCCUUGUGGGUUAUUAUGCUGAUGGUUGGAAAGACUACCUAAGAGCCAAAGAUCCUCCUAUGACCAAAGCGUUCUUUGACACAGCUGAGACGAACCCGUACUGCAUCUAUCAUUAUUUUGUGGAUAUUAUAACUUGGAAUAAGAAUGUAAGAAGAGGCUCUAUUACCAUUAAACUGAAAGACAGAACUGGAAAUACUACGGAAUCCAAAAUCGAUCAUGAACCGGCAACCUUUCAGAAAUACCACCAAGUCAGCCUGCUUGCGAGAUUUAAUCAAGAUCUGGAUAACGUGGCAACUAUUUCCCUAGUAUUUUCUACAGGAACUGUUAUCGGCCCCAAGUACAAGCUCAGGAUCCUCCGGAUGAAGUUAAGGUCACUGGUCUAUCCAGAGAGGCCCCAGUUGUGCCGGUAUGACCUUGUACUGAUGGAAAAUGUUGAAACAGUCUUCCAACCAAUUCUCUGCCCUAAGUUGCAAAUGUAA